AUGUCCCCCAACGGGCCUGCCGGCAACGGCUCCUCGGCCGCCGCCGCUACCGCCGCCAGCCACACAGUCCCUCGCGAGCCCUCACCCGCCGAAGCAUCACCCCAGCACCGAAGCAAGGCGCCUCACUACAACUCCUUCCCAAGCUACCACGCGAUCCGACAUGAAGCACCCAACGGCCACGCGGGGACCACGACCCAGCACAGCACCGGCAAGCUGCCGGCGGCGCCCGCGCGGGUCCUCGGCCCAGACCUGCUCCGCGGGCUGCUCAUGAUGUUCAUGGCCAUGGACCACCUCGGCAUCGCGCUGCGGCCGUGGGAGCACGGUCUCGGGCGCCACGCCGAGCAGGACGGCGUGCCCGUCACCUCGUGGAACCGCCCCGCGGGCUACCUCGUGCGCUCGCUCACCCACCUCUGCGCGCCGGGCUUCACGCUGCUGCUCGGCAUGGGUGUCGUGUACCUGGGCCGCGCGCGCGGCCGCCGCCAGGGCUGGGCCGCCGCCCGACUACUGCGCUACUAUGCGCUGCGCAUGGCCGUGCUCGCGCUCGUCAUGGUCGCGCACAGCCUCGUGCUGACGGGCGGCCAGCUCUGGUUCCUCAACAUUGUGCUUUUUGCGCUGGCUGUCGACUACUUUCUCGCCGGCCUCGUCUGGCUCGCCGUGGAUGAGGCGGAGGGCUGGCUCACCGGCCGGCUCGCGACCGUCCUUGACGAGACGGCGGCGUGCACGCAGGACAGCGACUCGGACGCCGAGCAGCCGCUGCUACAAGCCGGCCGGCCACAGAGGAGCCGCGCAGAGGAAAAGGCCGCGAGCAUUUCCUGGCAUUUACAUAACGUCCUUCUUGUCAUUUUCAGCGUGGUCGCCAUAUUCUGGAAUAUUUGGCUUUCGCAAAACCACGGCCAAUGCGCCGUCACAAAGUCUGACAUUUUUGAUAGCGCCGCUGUCACGGUGAGCCGCGCGCCCGGCUGGGAUGACCGAAAGAUGGACAAGUACUGGUGGCUGCGCCUCUGGUUCUGGGAAACCAGCGGUCCCGGCGUGCUGUCCGUCUUCCCCCCGCUCGCGUGGCUGUCCUUUGCCAUUGUCGGCGUCCUCUACGGCCGCAUCGUCGUGCGCUCCGGGGCGCGGACAUCUACCCGCAGCCUGCUCUACCACGUCGGCGCCGGCCUCGUCUUUACCGUCGUCUUCGUGCUCACGCGGCUGCUGCACUUUGGCAACCUCUCCGAGCACUGCCUGCAGACGCCCGAGAACAUGGCGCGUCCGGACACGAACCAGUACCUCGUGUCGCCCGCGGCCUUUUUCUACACCAUCAAGUACCCGCCGGACGUGGCCUUCUGGGCGCUCACGCUGGCGGCCAACUUUUUCCUGCUGGCAGGUCUGCAGCAGAUUCCAGUCGCCUUUGCGAAGAGGUGGCUCAGCGUCGUCCUCGACUUUGGCACGACGUCGCUCUUCUUCUAUGUGGUGCACAUGCCCGUCGUGUUUCUCACGGGCGGGAUCAUGUGCGCCCUCUUUGGUCACGACACUGACCAAGAGGGGCCGUCAACGGGGCUGAUAUCGAAUAAAGUCAUUGAUAGCGUAUUCGGCUUUUUCGGCGUUUGGGCGCUCUGUCUGCUCAUCAUGUGGCCACUAUGCCGCUGGUAUGGGCAGUUCAAGUUUGGAAAGCCAUCAGAUUCGUUGUGGCGGAUAUUUUGA